AUGCAGCAGCAAGAAGAGCAGCUGUACGCAUGCGUGCGGCCGCGGAAAGUGCCUCUCACACCUAAGCAGCAAGAGAUUUUUCGCCUGUUGUCGUGGAUCCUCCACGUGGUGAGUCACCAAGUGCGACAGGUACAUCCGUUGCGUUUGCAGCGGGUACCGCAGAUCGUGUUCCAGAUGAGUCUGAGAUAG